GCCUCCGGUGCUGGUGCAGAUAUACCAGUGCCACGCUGAGGGCAGGAUGGGCGGCGGCGGCAGUAAAUGGAGGAAGGUUUCAGCGGCAGCCCCGGGGUCCAUCGGGGAGGGCACAGAGGCAGGGGGCGGUCAGCUGCCAGGGCAGGAGGGCGGAGGGCAGCACGGAGCGCCCCGUCUCUGCUCCGGGAGCACGGCAGACAGCGAGAGCUCGCCGUCUGCAGCCGAGCAAGGGGGCGGCGUCGAGCGGGAGCUGGACAGGGCGCUAGCCGAAUGCUGGCUCGCCCCCGCGGGGCAGGCCACCCCCGCUGCCAGCCGCCGGGCGGGCUCCCACAGCAGCCUCGGUGUGCGGCUUGGCCGGGCUGAGAACGGCGCCGCCGCCGCCGCCGGCUGCCAGUGGGAGUCGCUGCUGAGCUGCUGCACUGAGACCGUCCCGGGCCAGCACUGCGACCAGACAGACCCAACUGCAGCCCUGAGCUCCACUAAACUGGACCUGGGGAAUAGGAACCAGCCCAGCCCUACAUACGAUUUAGUAACGAUAAGCACACAAGACGUAAAAAAUAAUAACUUGGCCAAUGGAUUCUACAUCAACGGAAAGAACACAUCUCAGAACUCAACUCCAAUUCUCUAUGAUUACUUUGAAGAGGAAUUAAUGGACAGUAUUGUUAAAGAAUACAGCUAACCACUAGUUAAAAUAUCAAUGAAAUCUGAUCCAUUAGGUAGAAUCCAUGCAUGUUACCAAAGUGAAA